AUGCUUGUGGGAAGUUCCAUAGUGGCGAAUGCCAUCCUGGAAGAUUACAAGGUGUUGGGUCACAGGGAGGAGGAGGCUGCGCGCUUGCGGGCCGAGGCGGAGGAGUUGGUCAAGGUUGCUCGUGCGGGUGCAGAGCAGCUUGAUAGGGCUGAUUUUGAAAAGCAGAAGCAAACCGAGGAGUGGCUGCGACUGCUGAGCUCAAACAUGUUCGAGUUGACGAAUUCCAAGGCAGCGAAUGCUGCUUUGGGCAAGGAGAAGGCUGAGGCGAUUGCUGUUAAAGCCCAGCAGGCGGAGGCCCGGGCUGUAAAGGCGCUUGAAGAGGCCAAAGAGGCGGGGGCCCGUGCUGCAAAGGCUUUUGAAGAGGCCAAGGAGAGGGAGAGCCGUGCUUCUAAGGCUCUUGAAGAGGCGAAUGCUGAGCGCACCCGUUUGAAUCAGGUUGUUGGCAGCCUUCAGGCUGAGGUGCAGACUCGCGAGGCCCAGCUUACGAAGAUUACUGCCCGCAUGACUGUAGCUGAACAGCGGGCUAACGAGGCUGUCGAGAUUGUUAAAGCUAUCAUGGACGCGCGUGAGACCGUAACUGGUAUAGACUUGAUUAAGCAGCGUGCCCGUGUUGCUGGUUUUAAAGCUGGUUAUAACCGCUGCAUCGGCCAUAUAAACGUCAUGUCUAAAGGCGGCUACACUAAUGAACGGUCCGGGUUUCGUGAUAUGGACACCGAAGCGCUUCUUGAGGCGGCCGUUGCAUCAUUUUAUGACAUGUCUCUCUCUUCUGUUGAGAAGCUUGAUGAAUGCUUAGAUGCAGCGGAUUAUGUAGACCGGUUGCGGAUGCUGUAUGCCGAUGCGGAAGAGGAAAACACUGCUGGUGACGGCCAAGAUGGCACAGGUACCAGUGGUACAAAAUAG